AUGGAGCCUCUUGCUGAUCGUGUGCCGACAUUAAGGACUGCCGAAGCGGCUCCUAUGGCACCAAGGAGGAGAGCCUCGUCCAGCCGAAAGACAAGAAGCGCUCUUGAAUGGAGAAGCGACUUGAUGGGAAUUUACUCCACCCUUUUUCACAAGCGUUCCAAUGGAAUUGAAAAGACUCUCCGUGCACACUGCCAAGAGAAUGAAAACAUUGUCUUCCCUGCUCAGUACAAACGAAUUGCAGCUAUCUGGAAUGAGCUAAAGCUUGAACAAGAUCUCUCAUCAGGAGUCAAUCCAUCCAACGAAUCUUUUGUGUCAAAAAUCAAUGGUCGGUUUCCAGAAAAAGCAGCUACCCAAAACUCUUCCGUAGCAAAUGCUGACUCUGACGACGAAGAGGCCACUAGCAAUGUGACAACUUCUCGAGUGAGAACAAACAAGAACACAACGCGGACAGCUCAGCAGUGGAAAGACCUGCUUUUAGACCUUUUCUUUUUCCUUUCAAGUGCCAAAACAGGCAACCGGAAAGAAUCAGUUCGAUCUUAUUGUGUGAAAAUACUCCACUCGGAACAAUCCUAUCGUCGUGUUCAUGAAAUUUGGAAAGCACUGGGACUGGAUAAAGAUCUAGAGAGUGAUGUAUCCCCAUCGGAUGGUCUGAUCAAAGCAAAGCUACAAGAAAGAUUUGGAGCGGACGAACAGUCUGACAAAGAAAACAACAACAAUGGACGGGACCUACGCCCCUCAUCUAAUUCAUAUUUCGAUCGGUAUGAAGAGGACUUGCUUCGAGAGUGUGUUGCUGGAUUUGCCAGGGCUGGGUUUCCUCUGGAAAAAUCGAACCUGAAGACUGUGGCCGACAACUUUCUCAAAGCGGAUGGAAUCGACACAAGCGGCAACGGUGGAAUUAGCAAUGACACCAACGAGCGAAUCUACAAAGAAGGAAGCAUGAAAGCAGUUUCGAAUGUAAAUCCGAUUGAUCCACAGAGAGCAGCACAGGCAGAGCCUCAUGUCUUAAAUGCGAUGUAUCAUCAGCUCGACAAUUGGAUUGCCAUCGCUCAUGAGGUAAAUCCUACAGCGUGGCCAGAAGACCGAUAUGCUAACAUUCCACCAAGUAGGAUCUACAAUACUGAUGAGCAGGGACCAAAUCCAACAGCACUGCGCAACCCAGUUUUGAUUCCAAAAGAUAUGCUUGACCAAAGGUCUCGGCUUUUCCAGAAUACGAGAGAGGGAGAUGGCAAGAUGCAGUUCCAUUACAGCGUGGCAAACAUCGUCCGAGCCGAUGGUGUGCAAUGCCAUCCCCAUGAAUCUGUAGAGGGUGCUCCGGCUCCGUACGUGUUGAUAUCUGAUCCCUCCAGUGUCUGUGAGUUGGAUAAUAUGGACAAGGCUAGUCGCGACAGGCUACUUGCGAACCAGACGGAAGAUAACACAACAUUCACUCUCAACCCAUCAGUGCUUGAAGGAUGGCACGAUCAAUAUCAACUUGGAAAGAAAGACACAUUGGUGAACAAAUUUGGGUUUCAAAUUCGAACAACACCGACUGGAAGUAUGCUGAAGCGAACGUUCUACGACUUUAUUCUUCACUUUGUCCAACAGCUUCCACAUGACCAAGGUGCCAACGGGCUUGGAGUUGUUCUAUUCCUUGACUGGCACUGUUCAAGAGAGUGCCCGCAGUCGCUGCUUACAACUUUUUUUGAGCACAACGUCCUCUUAUUUGUGCUUCCGUCCAAAACAAGCAUCUGGGCACAACCCUGUGACAAUGGAAAGAAUGAAUUAACAGCAAAGCACAUCGCAAUCACUGCUCACAACAUGGGUUUGAUGAUCGGUACACCUCUCGACUACAUUGAUGCCAACAAAAUCUUCCGUGGGGGCCUUGAAAUGAACUGUCUGGAGCAAAACGAUGAGCUCCGGAGGACCGGAACGAAUGCAGUUGUGUCUAGUUUCAAAAAGACAGGUCUCUAUCCAAUCGACUACGACAAUGAAGGAUGGCAAUCGGCGUUCCAAAACUUUAGCAAACUGAAUCAGCUAGUGAGGCAACAGAAGCAAGAAGCUGGAGAGAUUUUGCCGCAGAUUGUGUGGGUUUCGAAAGCAAAGACUUUGGACAGUCGUGAGCCAUUAUCAGCAGAAGACGAAGAAGCCAUUAGGUCAUUUUUGACAGCCGACGACUUUCUUGUUAGGGGCGGAGCAAACAGCGACGAGGACAGUGAGAAUCAGCACCCUCUUUCAAUGGAGAGGAUGCCUCUCAUUAUCUUGGCAAUGGCAAUUGGUGAUCAGAUGAUAGGAGAAUAUGCCCAUGAUGUGGAUAGGGACGUUGCAGCUCCUCCGGUUGCAAACACGUUCGUUGAAUCGGUAGCUCUUAAACUGAUCGAAUUUGUGGCAGUCACUCACGACAACAGAGUUGAUACAACUUGCACGUUGAGCAGUGAAGCCAUUGCACGCGACAAACUCAGAACCAAGCUUUCUUUGCUGCAAUUCGGCCACGCGAUUACACUGCGAAAGAAAGCUGAGACGGAAGUACCACUCAAUCUGAUGAAGCAAACACCGCAACGGUUCAUCGUUUUGGAUAAUGAAAGAAGAUCAAGUCGGAAUAUGAUUCCAAUGUCCGUCAAUGAAAUCCUUGACACGUGUUUUGAUGCUAAAGAUGACCAGCGGUACUCCUUGACGGUCAAAGAUCGGGUCAAGUGUCGCAGAAAGGCUCGAGUCGCAAGGAAGAAGCUGAAUGAAUCGAUGUACGGCGAAGCGAAGGAAGAAGCAAACAAUCGUCGACUGAAGCGGAAUGUCGACGUUUUCACGUCAAACCUUGCUCUAAAGAGACCGAGGUUUGCUAAUCAGCUCAAAGCAAUUCUCGAAGAGGAAGAAGGCUUUGACAUGACGGAACUGUACCUUGAAAUGGAGAAAGUUGUGCUAGAGCCAUACUCGGAUUCGAUUGCUGUAACUCGAGGUGACACUUCGAAACAAAUCGACGUUACGGUUGUGGGCACCGACGUGUCUGCUGUCAGUCACAAGAUGGAAACUACACUCAUGAAGACGAUUGUUGAGCUUAAGAAGACUGGCGAUAAAUCAAAGCGACGCAAAAGGAGGAGGAAAGCUGGACAAUCCACACACUUAGGCAAAUCAGGUGUGGCUGUCGGCAUUCUCAUUCAACGACAACACAAAGAGGAAGAGCUCAAGAUGACUGAAAAGCAAGAAAAGAGUAUCUUGGAUGAGCUAGAUCGGUUGAAGUCGCUCUUGUCAAAGACAAAUGAGUUGGUUGUGUCGAUGCCGGGCAACUAUUGGAAAUACGACAAAGUAAAAGGGAAAAGAAGAGAGGUGUUGGCUCGGUUGUUUGGUGUCUAUACUUCCAAAGCUAAAGCUGAUGAUCUAUCAUCUGCAUUGAAGGCUUUGCAUCUUUCGGAGAAUUCUUUCCAGGCAAAGCUGAACGAGCUGAAGGUGUCGGUUGCUUCAAAGGAACGCAGCGUCGCUCCUAUCAUUGCAAAGAGGCGAGAGCAAGAAGAUUUCAUUGCAAGCACUGCUGAUUACGCUGAUGCUCCUGCUGAGCCAACAACAGCAACAAUGGGGGCAUUGGAUGACGAGGACGAUGAUAGUGAUAUUGACGGCUAG